AAGGGCUCGUCUGUACCCAGCGGCCACUCCCUGCUUGGGACAGCGGGCGGAAAGGAAAAAAAAAAGCCAGCCUGCUGUUUAUAAGAAGGGGCUCCCCUUGGUCUCAAUUCCUGCCGCGCUCUCGCCUUCUCUACGCGCCAUGGAGCUUUGCCUUCCGUGCAUUGCGGUGUGGAGCUUCGUAGCCUACCUAAUCCUGCAGGUCGUGCGCUGGAUCCGAGCUGACAGCGAUCUCACCGUGCAGUGGGCAGAAUGGUGGGGCAAGAAGCCCGAAAAGGAGCUGCCUAGGAAAGUUGUCUGGGUGACUGGUGCCUCCAGCGGAAUUGGAGAAGAGUUGGCCUACCAGCUGGCCAAGAUUGGCUCAUGGCUUGUGUUGUCAGCAAGAAGAGAAAACGAAUUGGAGAGGGUGAAAAAGAAGUGCCUUGAGAUCAGCAGCCUAAGUGAUAAAGAUAUCCUCAUUUUGCCACUUGAUUUGACUGACAGGGGAUCCCAUGAAUCAGCCACAAAAACAGUCCUUCAGCAUUUUGGGCGGAUCGACAUUUUGGUGAACAACGGUGGACGUUCUCAGCGUUCUCUUUUCGUAGAUACAAGUGUUAAUGUAUAUAAUGCUAUAAUGGAACUCAACUAUCUGGGCACUAUCUCCUUAACUAAAUUUGUCCUGGACCACAUGAUCCAAAGGAAGCAGGGAAAGAUUGUCACGAUGAGCAGCGUCAUGGGUAUCAUGGGAGCUCCCUUAGCAACUGGCUAUUGUGCCAGCAAACAUGCUUUGCAGGGCUUCUUUAACUCUCUUCGGCCUGAGUUUACCGAUUAUCCCGAGAUAAGUAUUAUUAAUAUCUGUCCAGGGCCUGUCCAGUCACAGAUCAUCCAAAAUGUCUUUACUGAAGAAAUUUCAAAGGUUAAUCAAAACGUUGGGGACCAAUCUCACAAAAUGACAACUCACCGCUGUGUUCGCUUAACCCUGGUUAGCAUGGCUAAUGAUGUGAAGGAAGCCUGGAUCAGUGACCAUCCCUACUUGGCAGUUUGUUACAUGUGGCAAUAUUUUCCCACUUGGGCAUGGUGGCUAUUGAACCGCAUGGGAAAGAAGCGGAUAGAGAAUUUCAAGAGUGGAGUGGAUGCUGAUGUUUCUUAUUACAAAAAGUCUUUAUAAGGAAAAGGAGCAGCCAAACAUUCCUUCAAACAUGAACCAGCAUAAG